GCUAUCUGUGAAUUCUGUGGUGUUGGCUUUCAUUUGCAAGUUUUUUAAUAAUUCAUUUCAGUUUCUUACAAGUACACCGGUUAACCGCAUAAUGGAUGAUACAGAAAUUAUUGAAAUCGGAGAUGACAAAAAUAGUAUAGAUGUAGAGUGUCAAGAGGAAAACUUACCAGAACAACUACAAAGGCCAUUUGGUCCUCCUAAAAAGUUCCGUAAUAAUUACAGGAAUGAUCGUUAUAAUAAUGCUUAUGGAGAUUAUAGCGGGGGCUAUGGUCCACCAGGUGGUGGAUACGGCCGUAAUUUUAGGCCUCCACGUAAUUACGGUCCGCGUGGUUAUUAUCCAAUACCGGAAGGUCCACCUCCAUCGUUCUAUCAAGGUCCACAAGGACCACCAGGGCCUCAGGGACAUCCAGGAAAUUUCAUGUGGGGAAGAGGAUUUGGUCCUGGAGGACCACCAAUUCGUAGACUACCGAUGGAUGACAAAACAAUAAGAUAUCUUUUACGCUGCGGUGUUGCAAAAGAAUACGUGAGGAAUUUGCCACGUGAUUUAUUGCAGCUGAUGGAACCGGAGUUCUGUGGGCUUUGCGCUCAAAGCUUCGAAUCAUUUGCUAUGUCUCGCGUUCAUUACAUUUCCAAAAAUCAUUUGAAGAAUCAGAAAAAAUGGUUAACACAACAAUCCGAGAUAGGAUUCCGUCGCACCAAAGAGAUACCACUGAAAGCACGUGAGCUGUACUGUGAAUUGUGUGACGUUCAUGUUACUUCGAAAACACAUUCUGAGUCUCAUUAUGCUGGGAAACCACACAGAGCGAUCGUUGAGGGACGCAAGAAUCCCAAGAAUCCAUUUUUGCUUCAACAGGGAAUGGAAGAGCGAGUGGAUCAACUUAUCCGCCGCGAAAAGAAAAAUUUAAAACCAAUUGAAGAGGAUGAAGCGGCCGAGAAAGUUCCAAAAGUUAUCCAACCUGAUAUGUACUGUGAAAUAUGCAAGACGUCAGUAACAUGCUCCGAACAAAUGACGAUGCACUUGAACGGAAAGAAACAUCUCUCCAAGGAAAAGCAGCACAUCUUGAAAAUGAUGAAGGGCGGAAAUGGAAUACAAUCACAGGAGAAACCAACUGAAGACACUACUAUGGAAGAAAACGAAAAUGCCGAAGAAGAAGGUGAAGAAAGUUAUGAUUGGGGUCAAGGAGAAGAGAAGUGGGAAGAAACUACUCAAAAUGAAUGGUAUUGAGAACACUGAAAAUUUUAUAAAAAAGAAACCAAGUAAAGUAAUCUAUUUCCAUA